CAACAUUCCCUCCAUUUCAUUCCUCAUUUCUCUCUCUAAAAUUUCAGAUUUUUCUCUCCUCCCUCUCUCUAACCUCACGCCUCCCUCUUCCUUUUUCCCCAAUUCAUCAAAAAUCAUCAUUUCUUUACUAAACCAACUUAUAAGGAUGUUUUAUGAACCUUUGGAGCUUAUGGAGAGCUUGGAUUCUCUAUCUUUUCCCUCUCUUGAGAAAGAUUGAAGUUAGGGUUUGGAUAGAGAAGUGGUGUUAAGAGCUUGUGACAACAAUUGGAAGUUAUCUGAGAUCUAUAUUCAUUUUUCCAUGUAGAUUCUACUGAAAAUGUGUUUUGAAAAGGUAGUUCACAUGGAAGUACGUUGGUUUGAUGAAUCUAAGGAUUCAAAUGGAGCAAGGCUGUCUACUGAUGCAGCUUUGAUUCGAGCGUUGGAUGGAGCAUAUGAAUGACUGUCGGAGUAUGGGAAGCAACAUUCACCCGUCUAGCCAGUCAAGGAAAACUUCCAUAGGAGCUAUGGCAGAAUCAAAAGCCAGCUCAAGAAGUGGACCUGUUGUGAAAUUAUCCAUUUGGUUGUCAAGUUUGAAGCUUCUCUACUUUUUCAGCUUGAAUUGGCAGCAUCAACUAUGUAAGAAUCCGUGUCUGAAUCCUGAUAUAAAAACUCUUUUUGUGGAUCACUCAUGCGGACAACCAAAUGGUGCACGCGAUCCUUCGCCUGCUAACAGUCUGUUAUUGGGAUCCUUACCGAAGGCUGGUGGAUUUCCUCCUCUUGGUGCUCAUGGGCCUUUUGAACCUAAUCCGGCAGCAGUGGCAACACAACAACAUAAGAAUCCAACCAUAUAUCAAACAAAUUAAAGAAUAGAUAUUUGGUAGCUUGGAUGCAGCAGCUGAGAGUGUUGUGCAAUUAUUUUCAAAAUUAGGAAAGAGUUAAGGAGAAGAGGUUUAUGUAAUUUGAAACAAACCAGGAAUUUCCUUUAAGGCCUCUUCAUUCUGAGAGUGAUGAAGACUGCAAAUGAUGCUGUUUUGCUAGCUAUUAAGGCCAUAUCUGUUCUAAAAUCUAGUUUUCAAUUUUAAGGGAUUAUGAUUAUAUCAAGGACCUCAACAAGGAUUCAAACAUUUGGAAAAUUGGAUUUAGAGUCCUUGAAUCUUGGAUUGUCACUGGUAGUUAAAAGAUCAAGCAGAUGACUUAUUCACCAAGCCACUCAG